AUGCGCGCGACCCUGGUACAACUAGCAAAGUCGGUCUCGGAGAGCCCUUUGAGCUGGCGAGGAGCUAGUGCGACUCUUCUACCCCCGAUACCAUUGUAUAGGCGAAUCCUACGAGCGCACUGCCAUCUGCCCCGUGAGAUGCGCUCACUCGGUGACGACUACGUCAAAGCGGAGUUCCGCCGGCACAAAGAGAUCACGAACAAAGUGCACAUAUUCGGCUUCCUCACUCAAUGGAAGAUAUAUCUGGACGGGCUACCAUCCGGUAAAGAUGCGGAGCGAUUUUCGGGCAAGAAGCUGGAUCCCACGUUGUUGGAAAAGAUGUCUGCAGAGCAACUCGGACAGCUAUAUGAGUUGAUGGACGCGACGAAGGCCGUCUGGAACGCCCGCGCUCAGGAUGAAAACGACGGGAUGGAACAUCCAAAGUCGUCGUCAUAG